AUGUUUUUACAUUAAGGGAGAGGAACAAUUUAAUUUAAACCAUUUGAUGACGACUACUUGUAUUUGAGUCUAUCAGAUUAUGAUCUAGAGGCUGUUCCUAUGAAGAGAGAAGCAAGUCUUGAAGAUCAUAAUAAUAUAAAUAAGUUUAUCAAAUAGCAAACAAGCUUAUUCAGAUAUAGAGCUAUGCUACCAUUUUUACUAGAUGACUUUUUAAAAGCAAACUAUAACAAUUUCUAAAAGACAGAAUAGAAUAUUCAAGGAUAUUUCAAUUGGCUUGAUCAAUUCGUUGGGUUAAGAUUGAGUAAAGGAUGUUUAGAAAUGUUGAAAGCAGGAGUUAUUUAUAUAGAGGGUAGGGAUGAAAGUUUCAGGCCAGUCAUAGUAAUUAACCCUUCAAGAAUCGACUUUUAAAAAUAUAAAAAAGCUGAAAUUUAUGCAAUUUUUAGUAGAUGCUUUAUCAUAGCAUAAGCAUAUAUGCUCAAUUAUGGAAAAAUAGAUUAAUGGAGAAUUAUUGUUGAUGGAGAAUAUGAAAUGCAUUUCGACCUUAGUUUUGGAUUUUUGUACUUCUUGAUUGAAAUGUUUUCUUAUUAUCUUCCUAACACACUUUACUAGCUUUAUCUAAUAAGAUUUAACAAAUUCUUGAAUCACGAAAAGAAAUAAGUUUUUUAAUAUUUAAUACCUGAUGGCACUAAGGGAAAAGUAUUUUUUAUUUUUGAAGAAGAUGAAUACAAAAGCUUGAUAAUUAAAACUAUGGAUUUAAAUACUUUAGAGAUGAAAUUUGGAGGAUUCAAAAUGAAUUUCAAAGAAUACUGGAAAAUAUUUGAGGGGAAUCUACCAUAUAUUAAUGAAGAAGAGCUAAAUAGAUAAUAUUAAAUAAUAGAAGACUAAAUCAACAUCAAGAUUAUUGAAUUGAUAUAAUAACUAAUUAAGAAACUAUAAGGUUUAAAUAUCUAAAAUUCCUUCCUAUCUUAGUUAAUUACUAUAUUAAAUUCUGAGUUAAUAAUUAUCAAAAAUCUUUACAAAACUUAAGAAGAAAUAGAUGCAGAAGAAAGAGUGAAAAGAGCCAAAAGGUAGAGAUAACUGCUAUUAGAAAAAGAAGAACUUGAAAGACAACGUUUAUUGCAAUUAGAAUUAUAAAGAUAAUAGGAGCUUUUACUUUUAUAAUAAAGGGCUGAUUAAGAAUAAGAGUGGGCUAAUUUAAAUAGAAAUUAUUAAGGUAGAUUAAAUUAAUAUGAUUUAUAAUUCGGUUACGAUGAUGGGGACAAUUAUAAAGUGUUAAAUAAUGUUAAGUACUAAUAAUAUAAUUAAAAUGUAAAAAAGAUUGAUAAUUAAGACGAAUCUUAAAUUAAGUAUGAUGUAUUUAAAAGAAAUUUUAAUUAAUUUUAAUCUCCAGAAUCAGCAAAUUACAAAAUAAAAGACCAUUAUUUUGAUGAUGAUGUUAAUUACUAUAUAGUAAAUAAAAAAUUUGAACCUGCAUCUGCUACUACUACUACUGCUGCUUCAUCAAAUUAGCAAAUUUCCAACUAAAACUAACAAAUUAAUCAUCAAAAUACUUAUUAAAGAUAAACAUAAUAGGGAAUAGCUCAAAUAGAUUAAAAUUAUUAAUUUGAAGCAAAUGAUUAAACCAUUUAAGGAUUAAAUACAUCUAAAAUUUAAAACCUGAAUAUAUCUAGUAUAUCUUUAGCAAGUAACGAUAAGGUCAUUAUGGAAAAGUAAUUCAAAGAUCCUCAAGGAUUUAUAGUGGGAAUUAAUUCAUUAAAGAUAAAUAAUAACAACUUGGAAGAAAAUAACACAUCUAAAAUAUCUAUAAAAAGUGAAAAAAGUGCUACAAGCUUAUAAAAAGCUUAGAAUUAUUAGAAAUUUUAAUAUCGUAAUGUUGAACCUAUUGAGCAAUAAGGCGAAUUAGAAGAAAAAAAAGUAGAAGCUAAAGAUGAUGGAAAUGCAUGCACAAUAUUCUGA